UCUCCAACGGUCCGGCGUGGUUGUUGUCGCUUGGACAGAGUUGUUUCAAUUUACAGCUUCGUUUUGUGAUUUGUGUACAAAAAUUCUACAACAAAAGCAAAGUGCAACACAAAGGAGUGUGGGGGAAAGCCAGGAUAUUCGAGUUCAUCUCGAGAAGCCUGAGCCAUCAUGGUGUUCAACAAAAGGGACUUGGCGAAAGCAUUUUCUCCGAGUAAAAUAAAAAAAUUCACCAAGAAGAGACUCUCGGGCGGUUUGAAGCCCAGUACAAGUGGAACUACAAUGCGAGGCGAAGGUGCCGAAAGCAGCAUCAAAGUUAUUGUCCGCGUCAGGCCACACAAUGAGCGCGAGAACCAAGAAAAUUACAGAACAGUUAUCAAAGUCGUGGAUGAUCAAAUGCUCAUCUUUGAUCCAAAAGAAGAGGAAAACCCUUUUUUCUACCGCGGUGUCGUGCAGAAAGGCCGAGACUUAUUAAAAAAGCAGAACAAAGAACUUCAGUUCGUCUUCGACAAAGUCUUCAACAUGGGUUGUUCAAACCAGGACAUUUUCGAAGGCAGCACAAAAGAUCUAAUCAUCAAUUUACUUGAUGGCUACAACUGUUCCGUCUUCGCUUACGGAGCAACUGGUGCUGGAAAAACUCACACGAUGCUCGGCAAAGAUGACGAUCCUGGAAUAACUUUCCGAACGAUGGCAGAACUUUUUCAUCAAAUUGAACUGCAGAAAGAGAACAGAGAUUUCGAAUUGGGUGUGACUUAUUUAGAAAUUUACAAUGAGAACGUUCAGGAUUUGUUGCACAAAAGUGGACCUCUUCAUUUGAGAGAAGAUGGAAGAGCGGGAAUUAUCGUCGCGGGACUUAAAAUUAUCACGAUUCACAGUCCAGAUGAAUUGCUUUCCCUUCUGGCAAAGGGGAAUAGGAAUCGAACUCAGCAUCCGACUGAUGCCAACGAGGAAAGCAGCAGAAGCCAUGCAGUCUUUCAGGUCUACGUAAACAUCACGAACAAAUUAGACGGACAAGUAAAACACGUGAAACUGUCUAUGAUUGAUUUGGCUGGAUCAGAAAGAGCUUCUGCAACUGGAUGCAAAGGGGCCAGAUUCAAGGAAGGAGCAAACAUUAACAAAUCGCUUCUGGCUCUUGGAAACUGUAUCAAUAAUUUAGCAGAUGGUAUCAAACACAUUCCUUACAGAGAAUCGAAAUUAACUCGAUUGCUGAAAGAUUCUCUCGGUGGAAAUUGCCAGACUGUAAUGAUCGCAAACAUUAGUCCGUCUAGCAUGACUUAUGAAGAUACUUGUAACACUUUGAGGUACGCGAAUCGGGCGAAGAAGAUCAAGACGAAUAUUAAGAAGAACAUUGUUAAUUGCCAGAUGCACGUCUCGGGGUAUAUUAAACUGGUGGAAGAGCAGAAGAAGGAAAUCGCUAUGCUGAGGCAACAGAUGAAGGCGUUAGAGAAUGGACCAAGAGUGGCUUCUUCGGAACCGAUGGAUCUGAAAGUUGAAGAAAACACGAAUAAAUUGCUGAUGGAGAUGAGUGAUCGGUUGGAGGAUUUGUAUAGUAGGAAGAGGAGUUUGAAUGAGAAAAUUUUGGCGCUCGAGAGCUCGGACAAGAUCUUGUGCUGCAGAAUUAAGUAUAAGAAGGCUGCGGAUGAUAGGCUGCAUAAUUUGACGACCGCGGUGGAUGCUUUAACCCAAGAGGAACAGAAUGCGAGUGGAAAGCUGAGACUAAAUAAAUCCUUGCAGCACUUCAAGAGACAACGGGAUGGCAUCAGAUCGCAGAUGGAGACAGUUUGGAAUGAUCUCAAGGAGGUUGAAGAAGAAAUCCAGGCCCUUGAUCUCGAAAUAAAAUCCAAGGACCUCUCCGACAAGCUCUGUGACAAAAUAUCUUCUCUACAAACAGAAAUCGAGAAAUCUCGUCUCCAACAACAAUGCGAACACAGCAAGCGAAUCAACAGCCUCCAACUCUGCGAGAUGCACUCCGUAUACACCAUGACUAAAAUGUUAAUUUUGACAGUUCAGACCUACUAUGACAUGAUGCGAGGCUACGGAGCCGUAAACGAAAAAAUGAAUGUUGAAUUCAAGAAGCUCAUCAAAUUACUCGAGGGAGUUCGUAGCAUUAAAUGGUCUGAUCUGAGUUCAACGAUCCCCGAGGAAGAUUCUUAUAGCAUGACUAUCCUCAGCCUUGACGUACUCGCGGAUCCCUCAUCCAGAGAAAUGCCCAUUUUCCAACCGGUUUCUCUCGUCGAAAACGAGACUCAACCUGUCCCAAAAAUGCCCAACGGAACUCCCACAGGUGUUAUCAGCACCAUCGACCCUCACAAUUUGACUGUAACUCUAGAAGAACCUUCCCUAGAAAAUCUAGAAGAAAUCGAGCCAGUAAACAGCAUCGAAGUCAGCAAACUCAACAACACAGUCAACCUUCAAGAACAACCGAAAUUAAAAAAGCGCAUUCUUGCAGAUAAAAACGUCGGUCCAGGUAGAACACCGCCGAAACAGGUGAAGAAGAUCUCUCCGAAAAGCAGGGUCCUACAAAAUGGAAGCGUCAUUAGUGGAAAGGAAAACAACAAAGAUCUUCCACGAAACCAGUUUGUUAUGAGUGCCAAGAGCCUCGCCAUUUUGAACAAACUCAAGACUGACAAGCUCAAACCUUUGCCUCAAGCUCCAAGCCAUACUUUUGGAAACAACGAACAAUCUGAAACGACACUCAAGGCCGUCCGAGGUAAAGAAAGGCGGUUCCUCACAUCCACGCACCAUCCUUACCACAAGCAAUUCGUCAAACCGAAAUUUGUUCCAGCUGUACCUUCGUCGUCUAGAGUCUAAUGGUAGUUUAGGCGAGUCUAGCGAUUUUAAAGAGUAUUUUUUAUAUGUGUACAAGACAAGGUGUAAAUAUUAUAUUUAGAGGUAGGGCGCCGAAGCCAGUGAUGAGGACUGAAAUACACUAGAUAGCUGUACACAGGUGUGUUUUUUUUGUUUGUAAUUUUGCUUCUUAUCGAUUGAUUUUGAAAUUCUUGGUUUUCCGAAUCUGACUCACAUAUUUUGUUUAGAUAAAUUGUUAGAAUUUGUUUAUUGGUAAGAGAAACAGAGAACAAUUUUUAAUUAAGCUGCAUUAGAUUAAUGAAAAAUAGUUCAUCUGCUUUUAUUGUUUGGUGUCAAGCGAAAAUAUUUAUAAUUAUUUUCUGCUCACACUGAAUUAAAUUUGAGUCGGGAUUUAUUUUCCGGAAGUAUUGAUGUAAAUCGUGUAACUUUCUGGAAUUUAAAGAUCAAUAAUAAACGGUACCAAAGAAUAUCGUCUGAUGUACUUUUAGAAAAAAAAUAGAUCUGGCCGGAUUCAAAAUCAAUUUGAGAAGAGAGUUUUUGCUUUUAAGAAAGGACCUCGGGAGAAAAGCAACGAGGAUUCCUUUAGUAAUUAGUACAUUUAUUUUUUACUCUAUUUUAUAAGAAUGGUCGAUUUUGUUUUAAACUAAAUCAAUUUAAAUUACAUCGAUUGUACUAUCAAUUAAAGUGAAUUCUCGUAGUUUUUCUCAUAGGAUUACGAGUCGUAAUAUAAGGAUAUAAUAUUACAAACUAGGACACAAAAGAAUUUGCAUAAUGUUUCACAUUCUUACAAUAAACGAAGAUCAUUGAUUUGAAA